GUAAUAGAAGUUAUAUUUACACAUAUUUACAUAGAUCAAACAUUAUCUAUAAAUUGAAGCCGGAGAUUAAUAGUUUAAUACAGAAUGAGAUAGCUGAUUUGUUUCAGUUGAGGUGCGUCCAGAAAUAAUCGAAUGUCCAGACAUAUCAUUUUAUUUUUAUUUAAAUUCGAUGAACAAACAAGGAUAAAAUGAUACAUCCGAUGUUUCUAAACCCAGUCUUGCUUUUUUAUUUUAUUCCAUCUCACUUCAUUUUAAAUUGUCAACUUCCGAUUUCACUCACUAUUAAGCUUAAAAAAAGAACGAUAUAUUUUAAAUAAUCAAAUAUUAAUCGUGUCUUGCCAGGUUACGUCCGAAAUCGAGUAGAGUAGCAUUUGAUUGACCAAUCAGGAUCAAGGAAUUUUUGCUCUUGGACAGCUUCAGAGUGCUUUCCAUUUAGUAAUAGAAGUCAACAUAAAAUCGUUUUAUCCUUGUUACUCAUUGAAUGCCAAGAAAGAUAGAACGAUGCUUGUGUCACUAAAUGGAAAGCAUCCUUGAUAUCGAAAUCAUGUCAAUAACAUGUAAUCAAUCGAGUGUAUCAUUUCGUUCACUCUCCUUCUUGAUAAUCAAGGCUAAAGUUUUACGCGUGCACGACCCUUGGAAUCGCUCGUAAUCCGCGGCGCGGACACACGAAGUCCGCGGAGUGGAAUGUCUGCGCGAGCCGACUGUGUUGACAUCUAGGAAGUUUAAGAUGUCGGGGAAUGUUUUGUGCGACGAGCCGCUGGUAUGUUCGCGGACGAAAUGACUUGCUUGUUGUGGCGCACGUCUGCUAAAUUCCGGCCUAAGUUAAAUCCCAAAGUGUUGUAAGAGCGUCGCGCCGCUCUGGUCGGGCCGAGCUACGUCGUCCAGCCGUCUGUCGUCGCCGACGCCGACGCCGUGAGCGGGGUGAGAGAACGAGGAAGAGCGAGGGCGAGACGAAGGUGCGAGGACUGUGCCAGUGUAUGUGUGUGUGCGCGCGUACCACUGCCAGGACCUGAGGUACCCGGGACCGUGGAAUCGUGUUCCUCUGUUUCCUUUUUUUUCCUUCCUCGCCGACCGUGCGAGCGGGAAUAACAAGUCAAAUUUAAUCGCCAAGGGGGCGGAUAGAUAUAGAUAUAGGGACGAAUAUCGCGGGCGCGAACACGUGGUGACUUGGUUCUUUUUUUCACAUUAUCACAACUGGGAUGGGAGCCAAGGCAAGCACUGUAGCACAAUCCGCUGGUGGCAACGGUCAAUCCUCCACUGGGGCCAAUGAGACUGCGAUGCAGGGUUUCUCCAUGCUGCGCUCCCUGCCCGGCGGCGUGGGUAUGCUGCAGCACCAGCACCAGCAGGCCAAUCAGUCGCAGAACUCGCGUAUGUCCGGGGACAGUAGACAGCGUGCACGUUCACUGAGUUCCGUGCCGGACCUCUCGUCCGCCGAGCAGGCUGGCCUCUCUACCUCGGUCGGGGUAGGUGUCGACCAGGCCCUCGGCCUGCCGCAGCUGGACUCCGACGACACCGACGAGGAGAGCGGUCGCGUUUACGCCGCUCACAGCCUGCCUUCGCACAUUUGGUCCCUCAACGGUCUAAAAUGUCCCGUGUGCUCCAAGUUUAUUCUACCGGAUGAUAUCGAGUGUCACCUGGUCAUGUGCCUGACCAAGCCACGGCUCAGUUACAAUGAGGAUGUACUAACAGAUGGAAAAGGUGAAUGUGUUAUUUGCUUGGAAGAGUUACAAUCUGGAGAUCUUAUAGCCCGCUUGCCCUGUCUCUGUAUAUAUCAUAAAAACUGUAUUGAUAAGUGGUUUCAAGUAAAUCGUAGCUGCCCUGAACAUCCUGGAGAUUGAUUUGUACCUGCUGAAUUUGGUGGAGUAUAGUGGAACAAGUUGCUAGCCCAAAUGGACAUUUACGUCAAUGGGAUUGUGGUAGCAGAGAAUGGCAGGAAUUUAAAACAAGAAGCUAGUCAAGGUGGCUGCUAGUCCGCAAUGGUGAUUGGUGCGUGCGGUGAAUUGUUCGACUGAACGAGACUCGCUCAUCAAAUCGAACACACGGAAACACACAAAUGUUUAAUUCAAUCCUCAAUUCUAUUGUUAAGCAGAGGACUUAAAUAACAAAAAUCGCCAUAGGAUUCAACGAUACAAUGCUAUUACCUAUACGUAUCUAUAAUUAAUCUAUUAUUGCUCUAUCGCUUAAUAUCGAUUGUACCAUAUUUAUAAAUUUUAUUUAGUUUUACAUCUUGAACUCAAUUUAGCGCUUAAGCAGGACAUUCUUUAUUAUUGAUCAUGAUUUUUUCUUUUCUUAUUCUUUUUAUGAUUCUUUUUUCUUUCUUUUUGGAAAAGGGGGAUAGGACGAAUCUUAGUCAAGGGGACCUGCAUAGGAGCAGGUGAGCUCUACCUUAGAUAAGUUAAUUAUAUUUUUAUUGAUUUUUAAUAUUGAGAUAAUAUCGUAAUUUCCGUUGUCUGUUGGGGAAUGAGUGUUAGAAAGGAUAUUUUUGAUACUUUCAUAAAAGGGAGAGCCAGAAUGUAUAAGAGUUUCGAGCGCUGGAGAUGACGACGUAACACUGUUGAUGCUGUAGUAACAAUAAAGGUUCUGAUUUAACCUUCCUUACUGAGAUUCAUACUAAUGUGAUAAUCUCUUUUGUUAUUAUAGAGAGAAUUGACACGCUCCGUGUUACUAAGAUGUACAGUCUAUUGUCGAUUACUGAGGAUUAUCUAUUGUAUAAUUAAUCUCUUUUGUAUAUGAAUAAGGAUUGACAUAACCCAGCAGAAGUAGUUUUUGUAAUAUGAACAAUCAAAGUCUAUCAUUGUUCCAGUGAUACAUGCAAACCGUAUAUGUUCGGCUCGGACUUGUCUUUGCGUGAGAAUUACAGUAUACAAAUUAACAAAGCAAUGAACGC